CUCAAGCUGGAGUCUAGAGGAACAGCCUGCAGGCCCCUGCUGCCGACUGAGCACCCUAAGCUGUUAGGGAGGCUACCCUUUAAAGAUAGGCAUUUCGCUUGCAGCAAAAUAAUAGGAAGGAGGUUUGCUUGCUUUGCACAGAGGCUGAGCCACAGGAGAAAGCAAAGCCAAUGUGACUUAUUGAAUGAAAGCUCUGGACAAUUACCAACCACUUGUUCCUCUUCUGCCUCAAACAACCUAAACUGGAACUGCCGUGUGAAAAUGACCCAACAAAUGCAGAAUUUGCAUCUUUCUCAGUCAAAAAAACACAGUACCCCAUCAUCUCCCAAUGCAGCCAAACGCCUGUACAGGAACCUCUCCGAGAAACUGAAGGGGAGCCACUCGUCAUUUGAUGAGGCCUAUUUUAGAACAAGAACUGACCGGCUGAGUCUCAGAAAGACCUCGGUGAACUUCCAGGGCAAUGAGGCCAUGUUUGAAGCAGUUGAACAGCAGGACAUGGAUGCUGUGCAGAUCCUGCUGUAUCAGUACACACCGGAAGAACUAGAUCUCAACACACCUAACAGUGAGGGGUUGACACCUCUGGAUAUUGCCAUCAUGACCAACAAUGUGCCCAUUGCUAGGAUUCUUCUAAACACAGGAGCCCGAGAAAGUCCACACUUUGUCAGCCUGGAAAGCCGAGCAAUGCACCUCAACACAUUGGUGCAGGAAGCCCAGGAGAGGAUGAGUGAACUGUCUGCCCAGGUGGAGAAUGAAGGAUUCAGUCUGGACAACACAGAGAAAGAGAAACAGCUAAAAGCUUGGGAGUGGAGGUUCCGACUCUACAGACGCAUGAAAACGGGCUUUGAACAUGCCAGAGCCCCCGAGGUCCCAACCAAUGCUUGUCUCAUGGUAACCAGCAGCACAUCCCUCACUGUCAGCUUUCAAGAGCCUCUUAGUGUCAACGCAGCUGUAGUAACCAGAUAUAAAGGUACUGGAUUCCAGAUUUUUUUUUCACUACCCCUUCUUAAAAAACAAUCCAUUGUUUGGGGAUCAAAUAUGUAUUUUAGUGUCUGUGCAUAG